UGGGGUAUCACACAGGGCAGACUCUUUUGUUCCUUUAUUUGCUGAACAAAAUUCCCAAAGAGUGUGGGAACUGGUAAAACCACUAACAUGACCACUAGGGAUUGGCUGUUUGAGGUAGCAAGUAGGCACACAACACUGACUUGUGAUGUAUACAUGUACGCAGCGCUAGACUGUGAUGUCUUUGCUAAGCCCACAAACCAUGCACUAACUUUUGACUCGGGUAUCUAGUAGUCUUCAGAAGUUUUAAGAGGAGGGAUAUAUUCACUUCUGUGUUUUCUUUAAACCAACUUUUCCCCAAGAAGUUUGUGAAAAUCUGCCAAAAGAAAAGUCGUUUGUGAGCUAGGCAGGAGUUAUGGUUUAGUAAAGUCUUCCUCCAUGGUAAAGUGUUGUAGUCUUCCUAAAUAGUUGAGAGAUAAUGACCUUCAUAUCGGUUGUCAGGUCAUGAACGACUUGAGACGAAAUCUGGCCAUGCUGAUACAGUCUUCACUGUAGGGCUACGAGCAAGACUGCAUUGUCAUGUCGGCGUAAGAAGAAGGAGUCGUCCACAAUUAUUGUUCAACCAUCUCAAUUCCAAUUUGAGGAUUUACCGAACUUCACCACCAGGAAGUAAAGGAUUUAUCCUUAGUGGCUGGAAUCUCCUUGAAGGAUUUACCUUUUCAGCGGCAGCCGUGUGUCUGGUUAUAACAACAACACUGUGGUGUGGUAGUAGUGGAAUCAUGUUGAAGUUUGUGAGCAAGUCGCCAAGUCCCUGUAAACAAAAACAACAAUUGGAUCAGAACAAGCAAAAAUAUGGGAUGUAUAUACUGGAUCUGAAUCAAAAUCACGAUAACGCCUUGGUCUACCAAGAUGGUAAUCUCAACUCUGGGACGUUAGAAGCGUUCGUUCAACACAUGGUGCCCACAGUAGACUACUAUCCUGAUAGGACAUACCUUUUUGCUUUCCUCCUCAACUCCCGCCUCUUCAUCAAACCUCACCAGCUUCUCCACGAUGUCUGUCAAGUCUGCAUCAGACAACAGAAACUGGGAAGUCCUGAGAUGGAUAGAGAGUCGUCCAAGAAGUUCAGCCUCCACCUCUUUCAGUUGCUCAUUGAAUGGACAGAAACGUUCCCGUAUGACUUCAGAGAUGAACGCAUGAUGAGACAUCUUCGAGACAUCACCCAGAAAUGUGUAGCGGUGGAUCAGAGCUUGCGGAAAAAUGUGGGUCAAAUCAUGCAAGCACUGAUUAGAAAGCUUGCUACAUUGGAGAAGUACGAAGACGUGUUAUCCAGAGUGAAUGCAGCUGCAACAGAGAGGAUGCAUUCGUUAAGAACGAACCCAGCCGCGUUUCAAACCAACAUCAUCGAUGUAUGCCCAAGUGCCUAUGUAUUAGCUCAGCAGCUUACACACAUUGAACUGGAACGCUUGGCCAAUAUUGGACCAGAGGAGUUUGUGCAAUCCUUCUUGAAGGAAGAGAAGAAUGACACAACACUGAGGCUGCUAGACCUAAAGAGGACCAAAAAUCUGGAAGCGUACGUCGAGUGGUUUAAUCGGCUGAGUUACCUCGUAGCCACCGAGGUCUGCAUGCACAUCAAGAAGAAACAUCGAGCGAAACUCAUCGAGUACUUCAUCGACGUUGCCAGGGAAUGUUAUAACAUAGGAAACUUCAAUUCUCUGAUGGCCAUUAUGUCUGGCCUGAAUCUGAGUCCAGUCACAAGACUGAAGAAGACGUGGGGCAAAGUCAACAUGGACAAGUUUGAAAUUCUAGAGCAUCAAAUGGAUCCUUCGGGUAACUUCAACACCUACCGACAAUCGUUGAGGGCAGCAAUGCAGAGAGCUCUGGGUGCUCAAGAUGGUGCUUGCGAUAAGAUUGUCAUCCCAUUCUUCAGUCUCUUUGUCAAAGAUCUCUACUUCUUGAACGAAGGAUGUAGGAAUAAACUUGGCAAUGGCUACAUCAACUUUCAGAAAUUUUGGCAAACAGCAAAGCAGGUGACUGAAUUCAUGACGUGGAAACAGGUGGAAUGCCCUUAUCCACGUGACAGACAAGCCCUUAAUUACCUACUCACGGCACCUGUAUUCUCAGAAAAUUCACUUUACUUAGCAUCAUACGAGAGCGAGGGACCGGAGACGAACUAUGAGAGAGACCAGUACAAAACACUUAAGUUACAGUGCAGCGCUGCCAAUAAGUAAAGUCAUCCCAGGACAAGAUGCUGUGCUGAUUGGUUUACGCAUAACAAGUUGAUGGAGUUAGCUCUUUACCUUAACGAUGACAUCAACUGCCUCGUAUCCAGCCAAGAGAAGCGGAGUUUAUGUGAAUGUUACCAACGAUCAAACUGAAAUAAGUAGUUUCAUCAAUAUCAAAUCAAUCGUUCACCAGCCAGAACACCAUACAGUUAUUACCAUUGCUGUGACUGGUACCUCGGUAAUUUUUUGGAUUAGCCAAGAAAAUUUUGCCCAGCAGAAUUUUUCUACUUUACAGCUUUAUAAAUUUGGCACUGGUUGAGAUGGUGAAGAAGAUGUGAAGGAGAUUCAGUGAUGACUUGAAGAAGACUGUGUUCGAAGUAAACUGGCAAAUCUCAAUCAAUGCCUCUCAACCAACGUGCGAAACAUUUCAUGUUUGAUCCCCCCAUACCAACCACCUGAAGUAGUCAAUAUACCAGCUUGUAAAUAAUAAUAAUAACGUGAAUCGUGAUAUUUUUUAUCUGCUAUUAAUAAUGUCCAAAAUUGAAAAAAUUAUCUUUCUGUACAAAAGAGGCUUAAAUGUAUUCAGAGUGUUGAUCAGAUCUUUAUUUUGAUUGAAAAUAUUGACUUUCUUUUUUUAUAAAAAAUGUUAAUUGUCUGAAAGUAUUUUUCUUGUUUGAAGUAUGUAUUCUUUCAACUAUCUCAAUAUUUGGACUUUCAAGGUGUUGUGUACGUCUUGUUAUUGAUGAAAUAACACUCUAGGUAGGUCUGUAGUUUCCAUGACUAUUUGAAAGCAAAGAACAAUAUACAAUUCUUGUCGUUGUAAACUUGAUACUACUGGUUAAAUAAUUAUUCAUCUCUAACACCCGUUUUAGACGGGCGCCAGAGUUGCGCCAAUCCAAAUAGAUUAGGAGCGACUCUGGGUCGACCCAAAUAACUUUUUGUUUCAGACAGGCGAACUUAACAUAACAUUUACAUUGGCUUUGCUCAUGACAAGUUCGACGUCUGAAACCAAGGCACUCCAAAGUCAUCCCGAACAACUGCAACAGUUGAUCUUUCGACAUCUAGCGCUUCCAGUCGCUCCUAACUGUUUCAGACGCCAAAACUUGUCAUGUACUUAGCUCAGAAUUUGGUUCGGCGCGACUCUGAAACGGGUGUAGCAUACUGUUGUUGCUGCAAGGUUGAGGACAUUUCCACCUUCCUCAUCUUAUCAAUUUCGAAUAACUUAAAAUUCCAAUGAGUAUCAAAUUGCAGUCGACUCUUUGUAUAAAAUGAUUGCUGGGACUUCUUGCCGAACUUUAAAAGGAAUGUUGUUAUAAGAGGACAGCAAAACAAAGAAAUGCAAAGCAGGAAUGAGCUUUGGGACUUCAGAGAAUAUUAUAACAAUAAUAAACCGUUCUUAUAUAGCGCAUAUCAAUGUAAGGUCCCUGUGCGCUGUAAAGGGAAAUCAACAAUUGUACAAAGUAAACAGAUAUGUUUUCAUCCGGGUUGUGAAUUGUUUUGAUGUCUGUUUACAACCUCUGUAAGACUGUUUCAUAACUGAACUUCUGCAUGUUGGAAAGAGCGGGAACCAUACGACUUAAAAUCAGAAGGGGUUUAUGUAAAUCACAGAUUUCCAGCUGUUUUAUACUCCUGAACUAAACUUUGAAGAUGAACAGGGGUAGUUAAUGUAUGUACUCUUUAUAGGCAGAAUCUCUUUAUAACAUUCUUUAUAACGAGGGUUGACUGUGCUGAGAAAUACAAAGUUUUUGAAAUAAGGUGACCAUCGAGUAAAUAUUGUACUUCUCAUAGGUUUCUUGUGUUAGAAAGAAAGAAUUAUAAAUCACGCCUGUAAAAAAUUGUGUUAAUAUUUUACCAUGGCUAUGCUGGCUGCCACCUAUCAUACCGAAUAUUUUGGGUCAACUUUAAAAAAUCGUAAUAUAUUUAAGAAACCAUCGGAUACUGAAAUUAAUAUAAUAUUGUCUGAAUCCCUUUGAGCUGAAUGGACUACAGUGUACGAGAAUUGGAUGCAUGUUCGGAGUGCAUUGUUGCAGCAUACAAUCACAACGAAAUCUGGACUGUUCCAUUUAUUGAGGUGAAGCGGAAAAAGCUAUAUUUGCCGUAAGCACAUAAUUCCCUGCUUCCGUAAGCGCCGAUUCUGUGCUUACAGUAAGAAGAGCCAUGAAAUUUGGGCACAGAUUGUGGUAUCAGUUAAAUCUAACCAUUGAUGAGCGAAAUCAAGAUUGUGUGACAAGCUUUCUGUACAAGCUGUAGUCUGCAUUGCGUUGUGUUUGUCGUCAAGUAGUCUUAAUGAUGUAAAAUGGGUUUUCUGGAAGGCAUGUUUGUUAAUAAGGAUACAGAAUUAUUUAUCUGGUAUUCUUGUCAGUUUUCGAAGUAAGGCACUGGGGAUGACAAUUUAAACACUUGACUGUAAAUGGGUUUUCGGAAAGGCACGUUUGUUAAAAAGAAUACAAUAUUAUUUAUCUGGUAUUCUUGUCUGUUUUCGAAGUAAGGCACUGGAAAUGACAAUUUAAACACUUGAUUUUUUGCUUGAAUAACCAUUUAGUUGAUAAUCUAGUUUUGUUAGUGAUUGUAAUUGAACAAUCUGCAACCUCUUUCCCGGGGGUACUCAAAACACCAUUUGUUUUCUCAGCACACACUGCUCGAUCAUAAGCCCUGGAAUGGUUUUUUAUUCAAAUGUGCCAGAAUAGGUCGCUUACUUUUCUGUAGGCGAUCCACUCUUUGCAAAAGAGGCAUCAAGGUCAAAGAGCAACUGGUCCACUCUCAUUCUUCUUUGAUCUUGUGACAUGUUUAAAUAUAGGGUAACCAUGUAAAAACACAAUUAAUUUGUUGCUUAAUCCCGUUAAAAUUCUUGCAUUUUGACAUGUGGUUCUUAGAUUAAUACUGCACAUCAACAGCAAAGAUUUUCCAGGGACUAAUUCACCUUGCACGCUCCUUUUCAAAACAAGACUUUCCUUAAUCUAAAUGUUGUGUGACGAGAUACCCAGUUUGUUGUGUGUUUGAUAAUUUCAUUGGCCUUUAUUUAAAAUACUCUUUGGUUAAUUAUUUGAGUGUAAAUUAUUGUACAUAAAAAGAUCGCUUUUGUAAAAAAUUUAUGUCGUGACAAAAUGCCAAUAGAGAGAACAAUGAAGCUUGUGAUCUUGCCUUAGUUGAACAAAAUGGUUUUGUUUUUAAUUGGGUAGUAAAAUCUUGAGACCGUGUUUUGUUGAACUUCAUUUAAAGACAAUUUUAUUUGUACUUAAACUCAAAAAACUCAAAUACUGUGUAAAGAGUUUGUUACUUUGGGGUGGGUUUUUUACCGCUUGUGUUACCGUAAAUUUCGCUUCUGCAUAAAGGUAUUAACACACGCAUCCAAAAUACAAUCAUGCUGAAAGCAUAUUAGUCAUGUUCCCUGUACCCAAUAACAGUAAUGAAUUAUAAUAUCCAUUCAAACAAAAUGGAACCAGACUAUUUUGUUUCUUCCAGCCUGGAUUUUUUUGCUAUAGUUUAGAAUGGAGAAAAAUCAAGAUGGCCCUGUAGCUCUUAUAUUGGUCAAUAUCCAAUGCAUAAAGGCUUAGCAUCAAUAACAAUUACACACUGUAAAAUUAUGCAGGCGUGCGAUCUCCUUUUUUUUUCAGGAUUUUCUUUUAUAAAGUGUAGUAGUUACCAAAAGGCGAAAAUCAAUAGUCCACAUUGUGUCCAAACUUGCAGAUUUGUCGUUUUGUUGAUGCAGAGAGUCAGUCAGUCAACCUCCUGUUUUGUAGGAGGUUUCAGUUGUAGAAUCGGGGGAACCCACACCUGCAGGAAAUUGUCAGGAAUUUUCGCAUUUUGCAAAUCUCUCAUCCCAGAUUCUGAAAUCACUGCAUGGAUGACAUGUAGAUAUAUAUAAUGUUCUUGUUGACAUGUUUUCUAAUAAUUGAAGUUGUUCUCUCUCAUAUCAUUGGAUGUCAAGAUUAUUGUAAAAUUAUGUACAGUUUUAAAAAUACAUCUGUGCAACAGAUGGCAAUAAAUUAAAUGCUACAAGA